AUGGCUCCGAGAAUUGCUGUUGCUGGUGCUACUGGAGAAUUGGGGAUUCCUAUUGUGAUAGCCCUGCUAGCUGCAGGAUACCAUGUCACUGCCCUUACACGAGAAGGCAGUAGCAACGCCUUGAAACUUCCUAUGAGCUCCAAUCUUUCAGUGAUUGAAGUUGACUACUCUUCAGUCCACUCCCUCGCAAUUGCUCUCAAAGAUCACGCCGUUGUCGUCUCCACUCUUACUUCUACAUCAGUUGACGAUCAAGUCCCCCUUAUUGAUGGUGCUAUCAUAGCUGGGGUGGCAAGAUUUAUCCCAUCAGAGUUUGGCAGUGAUGUCACCAACUCCAAGCGGAACAAACUACCGGUAUUUGAGGGCAAGGUCAAUACUCACCAAUAUCUCGAGACUGUUGCGGCCAAGAAUCCCAAUUUCAGUUACACAGUGAUUUGCAACGGCGCUUUCUUGGAUUGGGGCCUCCAUGGCUUCCUCAUCAAUGUCCCUGGACACACAGCUACUGUCUAUGAUGGCGGCGACAUUCCAUUCACAGCUACUAAACUUGAAACUAUUGGUAAAGCUGUCGUCGGGGUAAUUAAGCAUCUCCCUGAGACGGCUAACCGUCCAGUUUACAUUCAAGACGCUGUUGUUACCCAAAAUAUGCUGAUUAGUUACGCUAAAAAUAUAGAUGGCGUGGAAUGGGAGAUUACGCAUGAGUCUACUGAAGCAAUGUUUAUGAAGUCCUCUGCAAAAGUAGCAAAAGGUAUUACUGAUUGGUCAGUAAUGCAGCCUUUUGUUUUCAGUUCUGUUUUUGGGGAUGGAUAUGGUCAAGAUUUCUCUGACCAUUUGGACAACAAGCUUUUGGGGUUGAACGGUUUGACAGACACAGAGGUUAGGGCUUUAGUUGAGAGUUUAUUGUAA